AUGCCCAUUGCUGCCUAUAGCUCACUAACUUGCCAAAAGUUGGUUCUAUGGGUACUUAGCAUAGCUAUAUACCGGGCGUGCUUCCAUCCUCUUGCAAAAAUCCCUGGCCCUAAGCUUUACGCUAUAACGGAUCUACCAUACCUCUAUCAUGUCUCCCGUGGCACUUGGGUUAGAAAACUGCAAGAAAUUCACGAGAAAUAUGGCCAAAUGGUUAGAUUUGGACCCGAAGACGUUUCAUUCACCACCGCUGAUUCCUGGAAAACGAUUUAUGGGCACAAGACAUCCCAAAACAAAACAUUCCACAAAGACCUCCGAGCCUACCGUGAAACUAUUUCCGGCCACUCUCACAUUAUCAUUGCGCCUCAUGAGGAUCAUAAGCGGAUGCGUCGACUCAUAUCCCACGCGUUCUCCGAGAAGGCCUUGCGAGGUCAAGAGAGUAUAAUGAAGAAGUAUGUCGACUUACUUAUCUCCAAGACACACGAGAAUGCAAAGAGCGGAAAGACGAUCGAUAUUGUGGCAUGGUAUAACUUCACUACGUUUGAUCUCAUUGGCGAUCUUGCCUUUGGCGAGCCUUUUGGCUGCCUUGAGGCAGGAGGCUAUCACCCUUGGGUCUCUAUGAUCUUUGAUGUGCUCCGUAUAGCGUCCUUAGGCCAAGUCGUAAGGCGAUAUCCGUUCCUUGCUCCACUUCGUUCACUCAUUAUUCCUAAAUGGGUGAGGGAAAAGGCUAAGGAACACUAUCAGCUCACCCAACAGACCGCCUUGAAACGCAUAGAAUUGGGUAACACUGACCGAGAAGAUUUCAUGUCAUACAUCCUUCGCCACAAUGAUGAAAAAGGCCUUACUAAGGGGGAACUCGUUGAGAACGCUUCACUUCUGAUUAUUGCCGGCAGCGAAACUACGGCGACACAGUUAAGCGGCACAACUUACCAUCUUUUGACCAACCCUAGUAUUUACAAGAAACUCACUGAGGAGAUACGAUCUACGUUCGAGUCAGAAGACGAGAUUACUCUUACGAGAGUGAACGACUUGCAGUAUAUCCAUGCCGUUUUUGAAGAAGGGUUUCGAAUGUGUCUGCCUAGGAUCACCCCACCCGAGGGCGAAUUCAUCGAAGGAUAUUGGAUUCCAGGCAAGGUAGGUGAAUCCAGCAACAUGCUCGAGGAGGAAGCUAAUGCUAAUUUCGCAAAACAGACCAGUGUCUCCGUCUCCCAAUAUUCGUCGUACCACAAUGAACGAAACUUUCGAGACGCGGAGAAGUUCGUCCCGGAACGAUGGCUUGGUGACCCCAAGUACAAGUCUGACAGCCGCGGGGUGCUCAACCCCUUUUCUUACGGGCCCAACAACUGCAUUGGCAAAAACCUUGCCUACGCUGAGAUGCGACUCAUCUUGGCGCGCCUUCUAUGGUCCUUUGACCUUGAGAUGCUGCCCGACAGUAAAAAUUGGGACCAGCAGAAGACGUUUCUCCUUUGGGACAAGGGGCCAAUUCAGGUGAAGGUUACGGCCAUCCAGCGAUAA